CCAGAAACUGGUCGACUUGAGCCAAUGCUGCAUGGACGAACAGAUGAGGAAAGUGAUGGAGGAGAAAUUGAAGUCGAACACAUUGUUAGAGGAGGAAAAGAAGCAACGGCAUUUGGUUGAUGAUUGGAAAAUCCAGGACAAAAGAUUUGCCGAGACCAGGGCUUGUAAAGCUGUCAGAGAAGAACUGAAGACAAAAAAUAUUGUAACCAUUGUAGGUAAUUCUGGAUCUGGAAAAUCGUUUAUAGCGCGUCACGUGGCGUUGGAAUAUCAAGCAGACGGCUGGCAGGUAUUUCCACUAGAUCAUGUUUUGGAAUUUAAACGAAUAGCAGAUCCGUCCUUUCCACAUCAACAGUUCUUUGUUUUGGAUGACCCAGUUGGAAAGUAUUAUUUAGACGAAGUAUUCUUCAAUGAAUGGUUAAAGAUCGACAAAUCUUUGAGCAAAAUCUUUGAAAAUGAUAACAUUAAAGUUGUAACAUCUUGUCGUAAGUCGGUAAUGUAUGAACUGACUUAUGCAUGUACGUUAAGUUCUAAUGUUGUUGAAAUCGAUGAUCAGAAACUGCAAUUAGAUAAUGAGGAGAAAAGAAGGAUUUUAGAGUGUUAUGUAGGAAAAGAUGUGCUAGGAGAAAAAGAGAUUGAGGUAAUCUUAGGAGCCACACUACUUUUUCCGUUGUUAUGCCGACUUUUUACUGAAAAUGAAUAUACAAAAAGCGGAAUUGAAUUUUUCCAAAAUCCAACUCCAGUGGUGGUAAGUGAAAUAAAUAAAUACAAAGCAGGGAAGAAAGAGAAGUAUUUAGCUCUUGUCCUUCUAGUUCUAUAUGGAGGCACUAUUGAUAGUGACAAGUUUCUUGAUUUUAAUCAGAGUAGAUCAAAAUUUGAAGAAAUUUGUGAGGUCUGUGAGGUAGAAAGAAACAUUUCAAGAGUUGUUAUUGUUAACAAUCUAGAUUCUCUUGUCGGAUCAUUUGUUCAAAAAGUGGGGUCAACCUAUAGUUUUCUGCAUGAUUUUCUGGAGGAUGUAAUGGGUUUUGUUUUUGGAGAAAACUCUCCAGCAACGUUACUUAAAUACUGCAGUUUGAAAUUAAUCAGACAAAAAGUACAUGUUAUUUCGAAAAUUGACAUGGAUAAAGAUCAGGACAAAAAUGAUUUCUGUAUAAUCCUUGACGAAAAAUAUAUCGACUCUCUCGUGGAUAGAUUUUUAAAGGAAAUAUCGUUGAAUAACGUUGUUGAAGUGUGUCUUUGUCCAUUAUUACGUCAUGAGAAAGUUAUCCAAAAUGUUUCAAAGUGCAUAAAUGACCUUGCAACCUACGACUUUAUAAACGUAUGGAUAAGUUGCCAAAAUCAGCGUAUAAUAUUUCCAUGUUCAGACGCUGCUUUUGAAGAGGAACGAAAACGUUUCGUGAACAAAGUUGAAAUAAUUGAGGACGAUCCCACACUUUCUGCAUUGAAUAUUCUAUUGAUGUACAAUCAUGAUGAAAUAUGUGAAUGCAUCCUUGAACGGCUUGAAAAUGAAAAGUUUACAUUAAAUACGUUAGAAAGUAGAAAAUUAUUUUUAGCAAGCUGCACAAAUGGAAACAUGGAACUUGUACACAGAGUAACAUUUCUUUGUGGGGAAGACAUUUGGGCGAAACUUUCAUAUGACAACGAAUACUAUAUGCCCUUGCAUCUUUCAGCAGCAUUUAAUAAUAUCAAUAUUUCUACUAUUUUACUGAAAAUGAAUUGUGAUGUGAAUUGUCAAAAUAAUGGCUAUACAGCAUUACAUUAUGCUGUCUGUAAUAGGCAUUAUAAAUCUGCAAAGGUACUCCUGGAAAACGGAGCCGAUAUCAACAUGUGUUCAAAUGAGAGUAACCGUACUGCGUUGUUUUGUGCCUGCGAAGAUGGAUUCGAAAAUAUAGUUCACCUACUCCUACAGUAUAAGGCUGAUGUGAACAUUUGUCUUUCCAAUGGCAUGAGUCCCCUCUAUAUUUCUUGUCAACAUGACCAUUCAAACAUCGUAAAAAUGCUUCUCAAAAAUAAAGCCGAUGUAAAUUCAUGUGAAAACAGUGGCUGGAGUCCACUUUCUGUUGCUUCCGAUAAAGGCCACGUCAGCAUUUUAGAAAUACUGUUAGAAUAUAAGGCUGAUGUAGAUAUCUGCGAUAGUAAUGGCCGGAGUCCACUUUUCUGGGCUUCCAGUAAUGGUCAUACAAACGUUGUACAAAUACUCGUGGAAAACAACGCUGAUGUAAACCUCUGUGAUAAUAAUGGUGAGAGUCCACUUUUCUGGGCUUCCAGCAAUGGUCACACAAACGUUGUACAAAUACUGGUGGAAAAUAAAGCUGAUGUAAACCUCUGUGAUAAUCAUGGUGAAAGUCCACUUUCACAAGCUUCCAGCAAUGGUCAUACAAAUGUUGUACAAAUAUUCUUGGAAAAUAAGGCCGAUGCCAAUUUAUGUGUUUUACUUUUCAAUGCUUGCGAAAUGGGUUAUCUAGACAUUGCAGAAAUGCUUUUAGAAAACAGAGCCGAUAUAAAUUUUCGUACGAAGAGCGGCUGUAGUCCACUUUUCACUGCUUCCUGCAAUGGUCACACAAACGUUGUACAAACGCUCCUGGAAAAUAAAGCUGAUGUAAAUAUCUCUAAUAAUAUUCACCAGAGUCCACUUUUAUUGGCUUCCAGCAAUGGACACACAAACGUUGUACAAAUACUCUUAGAAAACAGCGCCGAUGUCAAUUUACGUGAUUUCUUUGGCCGAAGUCCACUUUUCAAUGCUUGCGAAAUGGGUUAUCUACAUGUAGACAUUGUAGAAAUGCUUUUAGAAAACAAAGCUGAUGUAAAUUUUUGUACGAAGAACGGCUGUAGUCCACUUUUCACUGCUUCCUGCAAUGGUCACACAAACGUUGUACAAACGCUCCUGGAAAACAAAGCUGAUGUAAAUAUCUGUAAUAACAAUCACCAGAGUCCACUUUUCUGGGCUUCUAGUAAUGGUCACACAAACGUUGUACAAAUACUGGUGGAAAACAACGCUGAUGUAAAUCUCUGUGAUAAUAAUGGUGAGAGUCCACUUUUCUGGGCUUCUAGUAAUGGUCACACAAACGUUGUACAAAUACUGGUGGAAAACAACGCUGAUGUAAAUCUCUGUGAUGAUCAUGGUGAGAGUCCACUUUCACAAGCUUCCAGCAAUGGUCAUACAAAUAUUGUACAAAUUCUCUUAGAAAAUAAAGCCGAUGUAAAAAUAUGUGAUGGUAAAGGCUGGGGUCCACUUUUCUGGGCUUCCAGCAAUGGUCAUAAAAAUGUUGUACAAAUACUCCUAGAAAACAAAGCCGAUGUCAAUUUGUGUGAUUUUUUGGGCCGAAGUCCACUUUUCAAUGCUUGCGAAAUGGGUUAUUCAAACAUUGAAGUAAUGCUUUUAGAAAACGAAGACGAUGUAAAUUUUUGUACAAAUGGUGGCGGGUGUAGUCCACUUUUCACUGCCUCCUGCAAUGGUCAUACAGAUGUUGUACAAACGCUCCUGGAAAACAAAGCUGAUGUAAAUUUAUGUAAUAAUAAUGGCGAGAGUCCACUUUUCUGGGCUUCCAGCAAUGGUCUCACAGACUUUGUAAAAAUACUCGUCGAAAACAACGCUGAUGUAAACCUCUGUGAUAAAAAUGGUGAGAGUCCACUUUCCUGGGCUUCCAGCAAAGGUCACACAAAGGUUGUACAAAUACUGGCGGAAAACAACGCUGAUGUAAAUCUCUGUGAUAAAAAUGGUGAGAGUCCACUUUUCUGGGCUUCCAGCAAUGGUCACACAAACGUUGUACAAAUACUGGUGGAAAAUAAAGCUGAUGUAAACCUCUGUGAUAAUAAUGGUGGGAGUCCACUUUCCUUGGCUUCCAGCAAUGGUCACACAAACGUUGUACAAAUACUGGUGGAAAAUAAAGCUGAUGUAAACCUCUGUAAUAAUAAUGGUGAGAGUCCACUUUUCUGGGCUUCCAGUAAUGGUCACACAAACGUUGUACAAAUACUGGUGGAAAACAACGCUGAUGUAAACCUCUGUGAUAAUCAUGGUGAGAGUCCACUUUCACAAGCUUCCAUCAAUGGUCACACAAACGUAGUACAAAUACUUUUGGAAAAUAGAGCCGAUGUUAAUUUAUGUGAUGAUGUUGGUGACAGUGCACUUUUAAAAGCUUCCAAAGAGGGUCAUUUAAACAUUGUAAAACUACUUUUAGAAAACAAAGCCGAUGUUAAUUUAUGUGAUAUUGAUGGCCGGAGUCCACUUUAUUGGGCUUCCAACAAUGGGCAUAUUGACAUUGUACAAAUACUCUUAGAAAACAAAGCUGAUGUUAAUUUAUGUGAUAAUGAUGGUCAGAGUCCACUUUUAAGGGCUACCGACAAUGGUGAUAUAAAAGUAGUAGAAACACUCUUGAAAAACAACGCUUAUGCUAAAUGGUGUGAUAAGGGUGGUUUUAGUGCAGUCCACAUAGCUGCACAGAAAGGCCGUUUACCUAUUUUUAAUAUUCUACUAGGUUUAAAACCACAUUUGGAUUCUCGAACAGCCCUUGAGGGUUUAACUGCGCUGCAUCUUGCAGUGGACAAUUCUCACGAAGAGGUUGUAGAACUUCUGCUGCAGCAUAAUGCUGCUGUUGAAACUAGAGAUAAGCAACAAAGAACCGCAUUACACAGAGCUUGUCUUCUUGGCAAACAGAACAUUAUCAAUAUUCUACUGCAGUUUAAUGCCGAUGCCACAAAGAGGGAUGCUUACAAUGAAACGCCAAUAGAUUUAGCAAGAAGGAGGAGAUGGAUUGAUAUUGAACGACCCCUCAUCAAGUAUGUGAAAGAAAAUAAAUCUCUCACUGGCUCAACCCAUGGAAAGGGAAAUACUUCCAAGAAAUGUAUAAUAAUGUGACUACGUUUAUUCUUUUGGAUUUCCACGCAGAACUUUUUCAACUAGACUGAUCUGAUGUGAUUUUUGUGAAAGAUACGAAAUGUUCCAGAUGGUAU